AUGGAUAAUCCAAGAGCGCGAAAAGGACGUGACGGCGUUGGUUUACUCAUCGGGGUCGGGGCGUCGGGACUGUUGAAUAAUCGAAAAAUCGGUGGGUCGCCACGAUUGGCCCGAACUGCGCCCAAAGUUUAUGACUUUGAAAUUGGCUGGAGUCGGAGACUAACGGGCUCUCAUGCUCCGUCCGAACGUCAACAACUCAUCAUCAAGACCGAGCGCGCCGCAUCGAGGAAUAUAAAUCGAAUCAUCGACCUCAGCUUACUCCACUAUUCUCCAUCUCCAAUGCUCCGAAAUACCUUCAUCCGCAGCGUACAGCGUACAACUUACAGCUCUCGCAACAUGUCUUCAUUCACUCAGCCGAUGCCAGUAGUUGCCUGCGGCAGAAUACCCGCGAUGGGAAAAUCAAUCUCCCAGCACCUGCCGCCUGAAUAUGAAGUCAUCCACUUCAUCCUGUCAUAUGAGGCUGCAGAGGCUGAGCUCCCGCAUCUGCUUGCAGGUCGCGAUCCUCAGUCUCGGAGCCCCAAUGAGAUCGGAACCCACGAUUACAGCCGGCCUCCUCGCGCGGUAAUCUUCGGUCGCGGCUAUGAGCCUCAGCAGGUUGAAGAGCUUAAGAAGAAAUUCGCGGGUGUUGCUAAAGAAUCUGUUGCUUGGGUGAGGGGGAACCCAGCGGAUUUGCCUGCCGGGGCCGCUGGGCCUGACUACGCUCAGAAUAUCGCGGCGGAUAUGAAGAAGGUGCUUAAUAAAUGGAGGGACGGGGGAGGAAAAGAUGAGGAGAUUUUGGUGUACUAG